AGUCGCUUUUGCCCAGGUCUUAUGUAAACAAAUCCAACCGAUCUAAUGAUUACUUAUGGACCCGGUCUGAAAUAUCAAGUAAAUGAAGAUCGUUUAGUGUUCAUAAGGUUGGGUUGAGUAAUGUCGGUAGACCGCCUAGAACAACUUCGACAUGGUCGUUCGAAAGAGCUCAAUAUUUUCCCUGAACCUGAAAACGUCCCUGAUGAUGUAGACGUAAAGAGGUUCAAUAAUGGACGUAAAUUCUUUCAAGAUAAUGUUUCUAUGUGCGUUCUUGGAAUGUUUUGCUCCCUUGUAGCAGGCUUCAGUGUUGUUAACCUCUUGGAACCACUAGUCUUUACAAACAAAUCGAACACACCCAAGAAGUCACUGAGCCGUUACUUGGAUACUAUACGCCAUGUCGCUCUUUGGCAUUAUGGUGAUAUUUGGGACCCACUAUCCUCAGCAAGAAGAUCCAUAAGGAAAAUUUACAAUAUGCACACUAGUGCCAGAGAUAGUAUGAUGAAAGCAAACAAAACCGGUAGACAUUUUACUCAGUAUGACAUGAGUCUUGUUCAAGCCGGUUUUGUAGGGUUUAUAAUUUUGUACCCAGAAAGGCUUGGUCUACAAGGUUCUAAGUCACAACUAGAGGACUUUGUUUACUUUUGGAGAUGGAUAGGUUUCUUUUCAGGAAUCCAGGAUGAGAACAACAUUUGCAUAAACGGAUUCGAGGAUGCGUAUCACAUUUGCAAACAAGUCGAAGACGAAAUCGUUUAUCCCGCGCUUUUUGACCCACCAAAUCACUUCUACUCGAUGGCAAAAGCUUUUACAGAUGGUCUUUCGCUCUUGACAAAUGUUACUAUAUACACACCAGAGUCUGUUAUUGGGUUUUCUUUGGAUAUGGCACGGAAAGAAAGAAUAAUGAAAGUUGACCUCUUAGACAGUUGCCGGAUAAUUUAUUUAAAAAUAAUGGUUUAUUUAGUGAAACAUUGUUCCUGGUUCCGAAGGAUGGCAAAUAGACUCACUGAAUCUUUGAUUGUGCCAAAUAAAUUUAAUUUCUGAAUUCUAGUCA